UGCUGACAUCAUUUUCAAUGAUUCACAUGAUAAAAACAAAAUACCAAUUUACUCUUAAUAAUAACAGGUAUAAUUUAGAACAAAAAUAUGCAUAGGAUCUAAGACAGAAACCAAAAAAUAAAAGUUUUUAUCUGACUAACAUAUGAAAAAACAUGCAUAGUAACACCAUAUUAGAGUAUCAUACUGUUUCAUAUAUGUUACAAUAUAACAACAGCAAAAACAACAACCAAAAAAGAAAAACUUUUUUUUUCUUCAGGAAUUUUACAACCUACAAUGUUACAUUUUAAUGUGCAUGAAUUACCUUCUUUUUUUUGUAUGGAAAAACAAACAACCAAAAAAAAUCAGUCAUUCAUAUAACUGGUAACAAAACAAACUGUAUAAAUCAUAAUUCAAAUAAGAGACAAUAAGAGAUUAGUUACUAUACCAUAUUAAAUUAUUGAAUAAAGAUGAUAUUAUUAUCACAAAUACAAAAGUAUUGGAACACAUUAUUUAUUGUAUUCAAUAUACUACUUAUUAUAUUUGAUUUAGCAUUAUUAAUAUUACCUUUCAGAGUAUUGAAUAUCCUAUCAAAUUAUAAUAUAAUUUUAGAUUUUUUUAAACCAAUUCUAUAUCCAGUGAUUAUUUGUAGUGGAUUUCUUGGUUUAUUAAGUAUAUUCAUUGGAUUUAUUGGGAUAUGGAAGAAGAAAAAUAUCUUGAUUUGCAUGCAUAUUAUUGGAUUGAUUAUUGCAACAAUUAUUGAAAUUUCUAUAUCAAUUAGUUCAAGUGUAUCAAAUAAUCAAUAUUUUAAACCAGCAAAUCAAUCUUUAUGGAAUUCGUUACAAUAUUAUCAGAAACAUCCAAUUUAUGAAAAUCAAUUUGAUAAUUUACAAAAAGAUUUUGAAUGUUGUGGUGUUAGAUCAUCAAAAGAUUAUGCUAAACUUGUAAAUUAUAUACCAUUUACUUGUGAAAAAGGAAAUGCACUUUAUUUAAAAGGUUGUGCUGAAGCAUUAUAUGAAUAUAUAGAACAAUCUAUUAUGAUAAUAAUAUAUAUAUGUAUUGCAUUCGCUAUUAUUAAAGCAAUCUAUUUGGCUAUUUCAAUUCUUGUUUAUCGUAAAUCUAAUAAGAAUAAUUUAUCUAUAUAGAAUAAUAAAUAAUAAUAUUGAUGAAUGUAAUGGAAUCAGAUAGAUAUGUACUUCAUAUUAUUGAUUUUUUUUUUAUAAACAAAAGGGGGGAACAUAAUAAAACUGACCAAGAUGCUAUUUCAUGUCAUUUCAUUGUUGUUCUUAAAUGUUAACUUACAUCUUUAUUCCUAUGUGUUAAUUGACAGAAGAUUCAAAAUUUUAUUAUUAUUAUUAUUGUUGUUGUUGUUGUUGCCAAAUCAUUUAUACUACUCAUCACAGUAAUAUAAAUUAUAUAUAUGACUUCUUGAUUGAUAUUUUUUUCAAUGGUUAAGAUCAUGAGUCAGUUGAAGCUAGACCACCCUGGAAGCCCUGGACGGCCAUUUCAUCCUAUUGUGGGACUCCUCAGCAGUGCGCAUCCACGACCUCGGCCCAUGCGAGAUUUUAUUUAUUUCUAAACAACAAAUAGAAAUUUCCUUUCGAUUAAAUGUUUAGAAAGUUUAACAUGUGAGAUUACUUUAUAUACUUAAAUAUAAUACUUAAUUAGUUACGAAUGUUACUACUCGUAGACGAGUAGAGGCCGCCCACCAUCACUCUUCAUCCAACUUUAUCCUGAGCAAUUCUUUACAGCUCUUUCCAGUUACUACUCAUCUUUUUCAUAUCUGCUUCCAUUUCCCAACGUAAUGUGUUCUCUGGCCUUCCAAUUUUCCGCUUCC